AUGGCAUUUACGGACAUUCCAAGUGCUCUAGAAGCAAAGUUCUUGGCUUCUGCAAGGGAAAGCAGAAUUGUCACUUUGGCUGGGAUCAAAGCCAUACACAGAAUAUUAGAAAAUUCAAGAGCAGCAAGAGCUGCGCAAGAGUUCCGCAGCCUCAUGGACCUCAGUGUUGUAAGCUGUUUCUUAACAGCUAAGUUUGCAUUGCCCCACCUCCGCAAAACCAAAGGGAACAUUAUCGACAUCGCCAGUCUUGUCAAUGUUAUUGGACAAAAGUAUGCUGUGCCGUAUGUGGCAACCAAGGGUGCUGUUACUGCAAUGAUAAAAGCUAUGGCCAUUGAUGAGAGCAAAUACAGUGUCCGAGUCAACAGCAUAUCACCUGGCAAUAUCUGGACUCCUAUGUGGGAAAAGCUUGCAAGCCAUACAGCCAAUCCAGAGGCAACGAUCCAAGAAGGCAAAGAUGCUCAGCUUCUGGGACGGAUGGGGACCCCAGCAGAGUGUGCAGCAGCUGUUCUGUACCUCGCCUCUGAUGCCACCUUCUGCACUGGUAUCAACCUUGUGCUUAGUGGUGGAGCUGAACUUGGAUACGCACAGAAGAGCCACAGAAAUUCCAGUUCUGACUUUGAAGGCUAGUUGGAAUCAGCCAGGAUGGGCUGACUUCAGUGGUUAGUUAACAAGAUGGGGAGACU